AUGCUCUGGAACAGAGUUCUACUGAUCGUGGUCACUGACUGCGACGCCACGGACUCCUCCGAUGAUGAAGGGGAGAGGGCGGUGAGGAUGUGGAGGAGGGUGAAGUGGCACAUGUGGGGGAUCAAGUUUGUGUCGACGCUGCCGUUUAACGCCUGCUGCCGAAAGUUCAGAGGAGUGCUUAAGCGGCCGAGGGGGCGUUGGGCGAUGGAGAUUCGCGACCCCACCCGGGGGAAACGCCUCUGGCUCGGCAACUAUGACAGCCUGGAAGAAGCCGCUGCCGUGUACGACAACGCCUCCGUGUGA